AUGACCUAUGAAGAGCUCAGUGAGUAUAAUGGUAUGAUAUUUGGCUAUUCGCCACUGAAACCUAUUCUGGUUGCGGUCAAAGGGGCAGUUUUUGACGUUACACGAAAUUCGGCAUACGAGCCAGGAUGGCCAUAUCAUGGAUCCGUCUCGUGCACUUGGUGA